AUGGUUGAGUACUCGACAGAGGAUUUUCACAACUGUUUGGGUGGGCAAAAGGUAGUCCUGGCGGGAGACUCCACGAUUCGACAGAUUUUUUGGGCAGCUGCCAGGAAACUCGAUCCUGUCAAAGCAGACGUCGGUUGGAACGAGGCGAGUGCGACGCAUGAGAAAUACCAAGAUCUCUCAUUUGAAGCUGAGGGUGUGCGACUCGAAUUCAUCUGGGACCCGUGGCUGAACUCGACGACAUUGGAUGACGCGUUGAAGACUUUUCGUGCGACCCCAGGCACGCCGGACCAAAAAGAUCUUAGGAAGAAGGAUGAAGUGUCUGCAGCUCUCAUGCUUCUGGGGUCACCAGGACUUUGGGCUGCGCGGUACGGUGGAGACGACUACAUGAGUCUGUUCAAGCGAGGGAUCAGCGCCAUUUCGACGUAUCUACCGUCGGCUUCAGAUGAGGAGACCCUGUCUACACCGCCAGACGCGAGCAAUCACUUUGAUCCGGCAGCAAGCCAGAUAUUACUGACCCCAGUCCAAAAUCCAAGAUACAGCACGCUAUCGCCUAGCCUUUCCGAAAGCAUCACCCCAGAGCGGGUGGUCAAGAUGAACGACUAUCUGGCCCACUUGCCUGCAAACCAAACAUCUCACGUCGUAUGGGCAUUCAAUCGGAUGACAGAUGACUCGGAGGAUCCCUUUGAGAGUGACGGUCUUCAUGUGGAGGACAGCAUUGCCGAGCGCAAGAUCGAUAUUGUCCUCAACUCCCACUGCAACAACCCGGCUGUUUCCCAUGACCGGGCGUUCAAGGGAACUUGCUGCGUCGCCGAGCCUCACAACACUCUCUACGACCUGGCACUGGUUCUCGUGCUAGCUCUCACAAUGUACCUACCGCGAUCUACCACAGCCUCGAAGCUGAUGCGCCGACUGCCAAUCUCGCCCGAGAUUGGGGCAGCUACCAGGGACCUGCUCAACGUACUCAUUUGGUGCUGGAUUUGCGACGGAACACUUCAGCUUAGCAAGUCGCAGCGUCACUAUCAGCAAGGGCCUUUCAUCGUUCUUUGCCUGUUCUGGCUGGCAGGGAGCUUUUCAGUCUUGAGCAAGAUUAUGGAUCCCGCAGCCGAAGCUCCGUGGUCGACGGCCAAGAAGGGAAAGCCAGACCCGCUAACCAAUUACGACCAAAGAUUCAUGUGCCGCGACCAGUCAGACGAGAUCAAGGGUUUGAUGCAGGGACUCAUCCUCCUGUCUAACUACAACGAUGCAUCACAGUCGCUAUGGGUGUACAAGAUCGUUCGAGUGCUGGUAUCAGCAUACUUCUUCCUGUCCGCGUAUGGCCAUACGCUCUACAUUCUCAAGACCGGGGACUAUUCCUUCCGACGAGUUGCAGUGGUCUUGUUCAGGACGAAUUUGUUGACCGCCAUCUUGCCCUACAUGAUGGGUACGAGCUACAGCACGUAUUAUUUUGUGCCUGUGGUCACAUUCUGGUACCUAGUGCUAUAUGCCAUGCUCUUUCCAUUUAAGCGCAGCAACCAGGAUCCGUGGCCGCUCGCUAUGAAAGUGCUGGCAACGGCCAGCUUCGUUAGCGUUUUCAUAACAACACCCGGCUACCUGGAAGCAACCACGGACUUGCUAUACAGGGUAUUCCGCAUGUCCCUUGACUCCCAGGAAAUGCGGUUCAGGCUGCGUCUCGACCGAUAUAUCGUCUUUGUUGGGGUCAUGGUUGCCAGCCUCACGCAUUCGGCCGGUGUUAACGACGCCCAAGAAAUCUUCACAGCGAAGGGUUCGCCACGUGCGGCGGACCACGGACGCACACGGUUUUAUGUGUUCUGCAGCGUCAGCUUGGGACUCUUCUUCUACGUGACGCAGAUGAAUUGGAACACGAAGGCGGAUUAUAAUGCGAUACAUCCCUACAUAUCUUGGGCACCCAUUCUAACCUUCAUCACUCUCCGAAACCUCCACCCGCCUGCCCGCAAGGCGUACCUUGCGCUGCCUGCCAUGCUUGGUCGUAUCUCUCUCGAGACCUAUGUGGUGCAACACCACAUCUGGCUCGGCGGCGACGCGACAACCAAGCUCACGCUGGGCUUCGACAGCGUAUAUGGCGCCUUUUUCGAAAAGGCCGUACUCUCGAUCCUGUUCAUUGGCGUUGCUGCGCUGACGCACCGCGCAACCCGGGUGUAUGCCAACUGGCUGUCCGAAGUCGGGCUCCUUGUUUUCGGUGUAGCCCUGUGGACAGGCAGCAUGGUAUAUGGUUAA